CUGCUCGCUCAGUACUCGUCUCAGGCUGCCUUCAGUCACAGGCAGAGAGGGCUGCAUGCUCGGUUUGUUGACAAAGUGGAUGAAUGAGUAAACUCCUAUGACACCCACAACAAGCCCAGCUCCACAAGACGCCCAGAGCCGCUCAGUCAUAGCUGAGACAAGCAACGAGAAGACCACUUAAAGCACCCUGGGACAUUUUUGUUAACUUUGUAUUUCCUUGCAUCGGAGUGGAAUUAUUAAGCGUGACAGCUUCCCCAGUAAUAGCUCUCCCUGUAAUCAUCUCUUAGCUGUGCGCUGGGUGACUGACUAGCAGCUGAUUUCUUAUCUGGAGAGAACUUGUGGAGGAUCUCCCUGGGGCUGACUUCAUUUUCUGCUGAGAUAAUAGCCUGAAAACUCAAGAAAGAAGGUGCCAUAUAGCCUACCAUGAAAUUGAAGGAUCACAAAUGUCCCAGCAGAUGGCAUAAACCACAACAUUCCUCCACAAUGCUAUCACUGCUUUUACUAAUUCUCCUGCCAACAACUGACUGCUUGAAACAGAAUAUUCCUCGACUCAAACUCGCCUACAAAGACUUACUACUUUCUAACAGCUGUAUUCCAUUGAUGGAUUCCACCACCGAUGGAUUGGAAUCUCAGACUCUUCUGCUUGAUGAAGAGAGGGGAAAGCUGCUUCUUGGAGCAAAAGAUCACAUCUAUUUGUUUAGCCUGGUCGACUUAAAUAAAAAUAUGAGAAAGAUUUACUGGCCUGCAGCGAAGGAAAGAGUGGAAUUAUGCAAACUUGCAGGAAAAGAUGCCUAUACAGAAUGUGCAAAUUUCGUCAAAGUACUUCAUCACUAUAAUAAAACUCAUGCUUAUACUUGUGGCACUGGAGCCUUUCACCCUCUUUGUGGAUAUCUUGAACUUGGGAAUCCUAAAGAGGAAAUGAUCUUCAAAAUAGACACUCAACAUUUGGAAUCUGGCAGGCUGAAAUGUGCCUUUGAUCCUCAUCCACCUUUCGCUUCGAUAAUGACAGAUGAAUAUUUAUUUGCUGGUACUGCUUCCGAUUUUCUUGGAAAAGAAACAACAUUUACACGAUCCUUAGGACCCUCCUAUGAACAUAAUUUUAUCAGAACAGAUGUCUCUGAUCAUUAUCUGCUUAAUGGAGCAAAGUUUUUUGGAGCAUAUUCUAUUCCUGAUACUUACAAUCCAGACGAUGACAAGAUUUACUUAUUUUUCCGGGAAAUAUCUCCAGAAGGCACUUCUGAAAAAACUAUUUUUUCUAGGGUUGGAAGAGUCUGUAAGAAUGACAUUGGAGGACAGCGCAGUCUAAUUAAUAAGUGGACAACAUUUCUUAAAGCUCGAUUGGUGUGUUCAAUCCCUGGACCAGAUGGAGGAGACACGUAUUUUGAUGAACUGCAGGAUGUGUUUCUGCUGCCAUCAAAAGAUGAAAGAAACCCAGUAGUUUAUGGAAUCUUCACUACUACAAGUUCUAUAUUCAAAGCAUCUGCAGUAUGUGUAUAUAGUAUGGCUGAUAUCAGAGGUGUAUUCAAUGGACCAUAUGCCCAUAAAGAAAGUCCAGAUCACAGAUGGGUACAAUACGAUGGAAGAAUUCCAUACCCACGUCCUGGUACAUGUCCAAGCAAGACCUAUGAUGCUGUGAUAAGAUCAACUAAAGACUUUCCAGAUGAUGUCAUUAGUUUUGUAAAGAACCAUCCGCUUAUGUACAAAUCAGUAUAUCCCCUUCACGGACGACCAGUAUUUACUAGACUUAAUGUGGACUACAAACUGACCCAGAUUGCAGUUGAUCAUGUAGUAGCAGAAGAUGGCCAAUACGAUGUCAUGUUUCUUGGGACAGAUAUUGGAACAAUUCUCAAAGUUAUUAGUGUUACAAAGGAUAUCUGGAAUAUGGAAGAAGUUUUAUUGGAAGAAUUACAAGUAUUUAAGCAACCAUCUCCAGUCACAAACAUAGAAUUAUCACUUAAACAGCAACAAUUAUACAUUACAUCAAAAACUGGCUUGGUUCAGCUGGCAUUACACCGUUGUGAUACCUAUGGGAAGGCCUGUACUGACUGCUGCCUAGCUAGAGAUCCAUACUGUGCUUGGGAUGGAAAUUCUUGCACACGAUACAUCCCGACAUCAAAAAGACGUGCAAGAAGACAAGAUGUGAAAAAUGGAGAUCCUCUCACUCAGUGCUGGGAUGUUGAUGAAAGUACAACCCAUGAAACUUCAGAAGAAAAAGUAAUAUUUGGCAUUGAGUACAAUUCCACCUUCCUGGAGUGUAUUCCAAAGUCCCAGCAAUCAUCUAUUAGGUGGUUUAUACAGCACACCGGGGAGGAACACCAGGAAGAGAUAACAUCUGACGAGAGGAUCAUUAAAACUGAAUAUGGCCUUCUUAUUCGCACUUUACAGAAAAGAGACUCAGGAAUAUAUUAUUGCAAGGCUCAAGAACACACAUUCAUUCACACAAUUGUGAAGCUCAAUGUGAAGGUCAUAGAAAAUGAACAGAUGGAAAAUGCACCAAAGACCGAAGAGGAGAAAAUCGGAAAAGAAGAUGAUGGAAAAAGCAAAGAUUUAAUAAUGGAGUCAAGGCAAUGGUACAAAGAUUAUUUACAGCUUCUCAGCAGUCCUAGCUUCAGUUUGGAUAUGUACUGUGAGCAAAUGUGGCACAAAGAAAAGAAGAGACAGCGUAAUAAAGGGGGAGCGAAGUGGAAACAUGUCCAAGAGAUUAAGAAGAACAGGAACAGAAGACAUCAUGAGCAGAAAGAGAAGCAUGCUAGGAUUCUAUCUGCAUAGACUUGACUUAUUCUUGGCAUGGACAUUACUAUAAAUUACUCAGUUGGGGCACUUUUUGCAUUCGUACUACUAGUACUUCCUUUUUCAAACACAUCAAUGAAAAAUGUAAGAGACAAAGUAGCGCCAAGAAUCUCUUAGAAAAGUGAAGCUCAUUCACACCUUUUUUUGUAUUACAGCUUUGGUUAAGAGGGGUUUAAAUAUCUUAAUCUAUGUAGUGUUGAUAUGUUCUGUAUGUAGCUUUGUCUUCUGGGUUAAGUUAAUGACUGGCUUUUAUUUAUUAAACUAAGCUAUUUUAGGUGUUGCAUUCUUCUUUUUUUUAUAAGUUAUAAAUUAAUAUCGGAAUUCUUAAAAUUACUUUACUGUGUGACUUUUUUAUUAUUAUGGAGAUUUCUCAUUUGUAAAAUAGGCUUUAAAUAUAGUGAGUCAGUGACUAUUGAGCCAAAAUUUCUUAGUGUUUAAAAAUAUGGCUCAAAGUUAGUUUUAUACUAAACCGUAUGACACUUCUACAAUUCUGUCUUAUAUUUUACCCAGGAAGAGCAACUCGGAACAAAAGUCUAAUUGUAAGGGAAUUCCUCAGUACUGUUUACCAUAAAAACACGCACAAUCUCUAAUUGAGAAAUAGACUUCCUCAGCCAUUUCUGGAGAGGAACGAUGCCAGACAUUGUAUGGGGGAGGAGGGUAAAAGGUAUUUUGGAAAUGUGUGCAAUAGUUAUAGUUAUAUUGAACUGAUCAGUUACCAUAUGUUUUAGAUACGUUCUUCAUUUGUGAAUUCAGUUUAAUUGUAAACUGUUUGAUUCCAAUUAUUUGAUCAAUGUCUUCUUCAGAUACUCAAACAAGGUUUUAUGCUCUAAGAACUUAUUUGCAAGGUAAAAAUAAAUGUUUAACCUUUUCUACUUUCACAAUGUUUACUUUUAGCCACAGAAUCAUUACUAGAGUUUGCAUAAAUUACAUUAUAUUAGCCAGGUACGUCCCUGUAAAGAGUGAAUAAAUACACUAAAUCUACCCUCCAGAACGUUUUAGAAUUCUAAAUUUAGAAAGUAGUCAUUAAACUAAUAGAAAUGUUUCCUCUUAUGUCAUGAAUUGUAUUAGGAAGUUUCAUGGAUUGACAAACAUAUUAUCACUAUAAUUUUGUUCUCAGAUACAGUUUUUUCUUAUAACUGUUGUAAUGAUGGAAUUACAAGACCUAUUACAAUGGGUUUUGUAAGCUUAUUAUCCGAUCAUGUUUAAUAAAUAUACCAGUGGGUUUACUUUAAUGUGCUAUAUAAAAUAUUAUGCUGCUAAAAGUAAUCAGACUGGAAACACUGAAAUAUCCUUAGUUAAAGGGACACUGUAGGUAUCACAUUCACUUUAACUGAUGGUUUACUCACCAUUUAGGAGAGAUGUUCAUACUAGGCAGUCUGCAAACUGGACCAAGUGAUAAAAUGAUGAAGGCAGAGCCUUCCAUUACUGUACACCAAACCAGGUAUAGUUGGCAAUAAAUGAUAAUGAAUGUCCUCAGUCACUCUCUUUCACAAUCUCUGAGAUGAAUUGGUAUGACUUGAGGCCUCCACCAUAUCAUCAUUGUGGGCUGGGCUGUAAGUACAAGGGCCAGAAGAAUUCUCCUAAAUGAUGAGUAUACUGUAUAGAAGUGAUGUGGGACCUGGAGCCUAUGGACACCAAGCACCAUAACCACAUCAAUCAGUUAAAGUGGCUAUGGGGUCUACAGUGUUCUAUUAAGUGACCCAUGGAAGAUUAAACAUGUAUGUAAAAAAAGUAUACAAAAAUAAAUAUUUUGUGUCAGACCUAUAUAUGCUAGUUUCUUUGGGAUACUAAAAAUACGCUUAAGUUAUUUAUUAAAGUGGGAAUUCAAAAUAAAUUCCAAGUGAAUUUCAAAUUUAAGGCAAGAGUAGCUGAACUGGGAUCAUAACUGACUUAGAGACGUUUUUUUCAGUUCAACUAUUUUCACCUUUACGUUUAAAUUCACUUGGAUUUCUCCCUUUAAUGAAUAAUCCUGACUGUUUUUUACAGUCCUUUAAGCCACUGGUUUUCAUAGCUAGUCCUCGAGAUAUACUAAAAGUAUUGAUUUGUGGUUCUUGAGUAUUACAACUGAAAAUGCAUGCUAAAGCAGUGUUUCUAAGUACUACAUCUUAUACUUAUGCAUUAUUUUAACGCUGAGCUACAUGACGCCAUAUUAUUAUAGAUAGAGCACACAAACUUGAAUUUUGUAAAAUAGAUUUCAUUAUUAAGACAAUCAGCAUUGUUGUUUCUAUCCGAUGUUAUAUCCAAUGCCAAACAUUGUGGCUAUAGUAAAACUGAGUAACAUUAUUAAAGAAUGAUGUAUUUCAGUAACACCCCAGAAACACUGAGCAUUUUAUAACAAGAAGUAUAAAAUACUUUGCAAAUAUAGUUUGGAAACAAUUUUGCAUGCAUUACAUUUUGUAAAUAAUACACUUGUUAUUAAACCUUCAUAUUG